AUGACAAGCAAUAAUGAUCCCGAAGUUUUAGCCUUUGAUGCAAGUAACUCGUGUCCAAUCAAAGUUGUGUUUGAUACAUUUACUCCUCGGCCACAUUUUAUUCUGAUUCAAAAAGAUAAACAGCGUGAAGCUACGUCGGUUGAAAUUCAAGCUGGAUUGCAACUUAUCUCUCAGUUUCUGACAGCAAGUAAGGAAUAUGAUGGCAAUGCAAUUCUGUCGUUUCACCGUGGCUCAUGGUAUCAACAGAAAACCAAUCAUUUUCAUGCACAUCUCUGUGUACCAUUAGAACCAUACCAAAGAGCCGCUUCUAAAAGUGGUAAUGCACAAGGCAAAUGCACUAGACGCCAAUCACGAGUUUUAAAUGGAAACGGAGCGACAUCUGCAUCCAAUGAGUCUCUAGUUGGCUAUAUUCAUUUGGAUCCGACAGACUAUAUGAAAUGGCUGCCACCACAAAUUCGAUCUCAGUGGGUCGCUGAGUUUGAACAAAUCGAUUUUAAAGUGCUUACAUAA